AUGCAAUAAGUCAUGAGAUAGACUGCAUCGCCAAAUUUUGCUACUCAAGACAAUAAAAAAUAGCUGACCAUUUUGAAAAAGGAAGAUCAACUAAUCUAUCAGUAGUUAGAUUACAAUAUAUUUCACAUUCCAGGUGAAAAUCCCAGUAAUUUUCUGAUCUUAUUAAGGGGCUUUUUAGAUGCUGCAACCUUACUUGGAACAAAUUGUUUCAUUUUGGGGUCAGGAGUUCAAAGAACAAUGAUAGAUUGCGGAGAUAUGUAUCCUUUGAAUAUGAAGCUCAUGGAUAAUCUGCUUACACUAAUGAAGAAUGAAAAUUUCAUUAUCAAUAAAUUAUUUAUUACUCAUGCUAUCCCAAAUCAUUUUGGAGGAGCUUGGAGUGUAAUUGAAGCUCAUUAAAAGCUCAAUGUUUAACCGCCAACAGUCUUUAAGCAUCUAGAUGGCAAUGAUUACGAGAUAGAAGUAUUUCAUAAUACCCCUCAGCUAAGAGAACAUGUGAAGCAUAUAAAUGAUGGUGAUUAGUUCAAGAUUGACGAGAUUAGUGAUUCAUUGAUUAGAGUUAUUAGAACUCCUGGUCAUAGAAAAGAUCACUGUAGCUUUGGUUUCACAUCUAAUGUUCACAAAUAUGGAUUAUAAAAUAUCCUAUUCCCAGGAGAUAUGAUACUUGGUACUCCAUCUGUUUCAAUGGAUCAUCUUGAUUAAUACAUAAAUGACUUAAAGAGAACUAGGGCUAUGGCUUUUGAGAAACUUUAUCUAGUGCACACCAAUGGAAUGGAUCAUGCAGAUAUUGUUGUAGAUGCGAAUAAGAAAUUCGCUGAUUACUUAGAUUAUCGAUACAACAGACUUAAUAAUAUGAUUGAGUUUAUUGAGAGCCAAUAAGAUCUUAAAGAUACAGUUAGAAUGCGACUAGUGCUCACAUGCUUUAAUUCCCAUAUUGAGAAACUGAGGCAAGAUGGUAUAAUAGAGGAAGAAUUUAGUGAAGUUCACGUUAAGAAUGACAAGCUAGGAUUUAAAUAUAGUUUGUAAUGA